CACAACAAGCAACAUGGGUCCUGCUAACAUCAAGUUAAAUCCCGUUGGGGCGGCUAUGUUUUUAGCUGUAGCAUUAUGUUUGAUUAUAUAUGCAUUCGGUGUUCCCAAUUGGUUUAAUAGAGAACCAACUGUAAGUAUGAAAGAACUCUUGACAGCAAGUAUAGAUUUAGCCCGACGUGGAGGCACAAAAGUCAAGGAUAUUCGACUGAAAAACGCUUUGGAUGAAAAGGAGAAAGGGAAAACGGCAGAAGGAGCGAAGGAGAUGUUAACAAGGGGAGAUUCGGAAUCAAACAGGGCAAUUGUGUAUGGGAUGUCGAAAGCAUUUACUGGUAUUCAGAUAAUAUCCGAAGAGACUGAUUUAAAGCCGGUCAAUUUCAAAAUAAUUGAAGAUGUUAGUAAAAAACUUGAAGAAGUUGAAAAAAUUAUUAAGGAUGAUGAAAUGGUGCCUAAGAAAGACAUCACAGUGUGGGUAGAUCCAUUGGAUGCCACACAGGAAUAUACAGAAAACUUACAGGAAUAUGUCACAGUGAUGAUUUGUGUUGCAGUGAAGGGAUCACCAAAAAUAGGAGUUAUAUAUAAACCCUUCCUACAGCAAAUAGCAUGGGCCUGGGUGGGCUAUGGUCACUCAGAAAACCUUAAAGUUUCCCAGACUGCAUCAGAUAGUAAAGUAAAGGCUCCAAAAACAAUUAUUGUGUCACGGUCACACAGCGGACCAGUGGAGAAGAUUGCAAAAAAAGCAUACGGCAAUGAUACCAAAAUUGUACCUGCAGGGGGAGCAGGUUACAAGACAUUGGAAGUGAUCAAAGGAAAGGCUGACGCCUAUGUGCAUAUAACACUUAUCAAGAAAUGGGACAUUUGUGCUGGUAAUGCUGUUUUAACCGCAUUAAAUGGUAAAAUGACCACCCUCGAAGGGGAUACUAUUGAUUACAAAGCUGGAGGAGAUGUGAAAAAUCAUGAUGGACUUUUAGUUACAGCAGCUGCUAAUGAUCAUUAUGAAUUCCUAAGUAAAUUAUCUAAGGUUGCAGAAGAAGCUAAAAAGUCGGUCAGUUCUAAACAUUGACAGAAUCAAUCUGCUUUUAUUUUUAGUAUUGGGCAUGGCUUAGUGGGUAAAUGCUAAUUGGUGUUUCUUUAUAACUACAGUAAACAGGAUCUCAUCAAUGUUAAUUGUAAUGGAGGUGUACAUAAUUAAUCAUGUAAUGUAUAAUUAAAUAAUAUGUGGUAGUGAAACCUAUUUUUGGUAGGAACCUAUUUUAAUUUUCAUUUGUAUUUUUCUCCCAUGGCAUGGAACUCUUUCAUGAAUAUCAAAUGAUUAUACAUUUUAAUUAUUAUGUCACCAUCUUCGCUAGCCAAGGCUUCUGAUUACAUUUCACUCCACGUGGUGAGAAACAUAAUCAGAAGCCUUGGCUAGUGGAGUUGUUAUGUCACCUGAGUGACCGUUCCUAAUUGCCUGUUGUCUGUCGUUAUGUGUCAUCCUUCAGUAAAAAGUACAUUUGUCACUUCUCAGAAACCUCUGAACCAAUUUCAAAGAGAUUUUGAAGAUACUGUUCAUGGCCAAAAGUCAACCAAAAUAGUGAAUUAUAUGGUCCAAGGGGUCUAAUAAAGGGCAGAAGAAUUAGAAGUCAAAUUGACUAUAAUUUGAAAAACCUUUAAGACUCAAAUAAUUUAGAAUAAAAAACUCUUCAUAAAUAGAAGGGUCUUUACCAAAAUUAUGAAUUUCAUGACCGUUGGGGUUUCAAUCUAAUUAACAUUAUUCUUGGAAUUUCCACUCCUUUACGAUACAUUGCAGAGUAUCGAAGAGGAACAGAAAUUACAAGAUUAAUUUUAAUUAGAUUGAUUGGGGUUUGAUGUUUCCCCCUGGGGAAGGAUUAAAAUUUGUUAUAUUAUAGGGAAAUCACAUAUGUUUUGUAACAUUAGUUGAUUUGCCAUUAAAAAUCAUUCUAACAUUGUUAGAAUUAUUAAAGUUAGAAUUAUCAGUAUGGGAUGGGAGUUUGAUAGUAUGCACAAAUUAGUCCUGACUGCACUCCAAGGGCUGAUGGGUGGGGUCAAAGUGCGUCAUAUUGACUGAAAUACAAAUGUAUAUGAAUUUAGAACUCAGGUGAGCGUUAAGGCCAAUGAGUCUCUUGUUUAAUCAUAUAUACUGCUUUCACAUCACUUGGUUGUAAUGUUCCGAGUGGUACAGAACUAUACAUUCUGGGAAAACAAACUGGAUACAGGUAAAAAUAUGGGUAACAAAAUGUUCUCUAUCAAAAACAAGACAAAACACAAAAAAUAAACUGUUCCCAUCCAUAUAUCUGCAUGUGCCAACAUUUUUAUGGCCAGAGUCUUGGUCUUUAUUUCAGCCAUUUUGAUCGUUUACAUGAAAACACUCACAGCUCGUUCACAUUCUACAUGCCGCAUUGUAUCUAGGUAUCGUGCAGGUGUUACCCCUGUACAAUAUAAAGCCCUUCAUUAUUAGUCCCCUACCGGUGAAACCGGGGGUAGCUAUAGGUUUCCUCCCCGUUUGUAUACUUUUCUGGACGCCUGUCAGCUGUCCAUCUACUCAUUUUUCCACACUUCUCAGCCAUGCUUCAAGGUAUGUUGGUGAAAGUUGGUAUAUAUUUUCAGUAUCAGUAGCUACAGAUCAAGUUUGAGUUUCAGGUUUUUUGGGGUCAAGGUCACUGUUACUAUUUUUAGCAGGGGUUGGUAGGGGACAUGUACAUGUAUUGCUUUAGCAGUACCAGCAUGUUUGUUUUAUUCAUUUUUUUAUUUCAGUUUUCGAUAGCUUAUUUUAUAAAUGAUCGGCCUGUUAUCCAGUGAAUUUGUACUUGUUAAUUUUUUGCAUAUAUAUCACUAGUGUCAAAUACCCUGAAGCAUUUUUUCAGUGGCAGUCAGAAAUCUAUUGUGAUGUCAUAAUAUAGACAAUGAUGUCAAAGUUACAUCAUGCAUUGUACAUGGCGUAGCAAAAUGGCUGCCUCUGUUUGAUUUUACCGUCCCCAUUUUGACUUUUUAACCUGUCAAAAUGUAAGUCUUCUGAGUUUUAUACAGUGAUAAAAAGCAUCAUAAAUUUAUUUUCAUUUCAUAUGAGAUUUUAUGACAAGUCUUUGAAAAUUUAAUUUUUGCGAGCCUUAAAAAGUUUUUAAGAUUUGUUUCAUAAAAUCUCAUAUCAAAUGAGAACUCAUUAAAAAAGAUAAAAGAUUCUUAAUAUUUUUUGAAGUUUAUAUCAAGGUAUGUUUCUCUUUGACAGUAGGAGUUGCUCUCUAAUAGGUCAAUAUAUUGAAAGUUAUAUUAUUUAUGAACGAUAUACACGUAAUUACAUAAAUAGUUUCAUGCAGAUUUGGUAUACAGAGAUUCAAAAUCAAAUUUUUGUUUUCCUAUCUUUCAGAUUAUCCGGUUACCAUGCAUAUAUUUUGUUGUUAUAUCAAACCACUACUAUGUGUUGAACAUAUAAGGUUCAAUAUAGGCUAAGGUUAUUGUUUAGAAUUAAUGUAAAUGUUGCUAUAGGUAAAACAACAUAGCUCUGCAUGUUGAACAUGUUCUCUUUUGACAUUCCUAAAUGGAUUUACCGAUGUAUGACAUUGUAUCUACCAAAAAUACAUAAAAAACGCAUUUUGGUUGUUAUAUUAGGAAAAAUCAAUGCUGUUCCUCUGAAUUUUUAUCCAUUCUCUAUCUAACUGAAAACGGAAACAGUUGAUUUGGGGUAGCCGGUGCUGGUAGUAUACAACAUUUGUUAGGUCCUGGGGUUCAUGUGGUCGAUAAUUCUACAAAUUACGAUGAUAUUGUUUUUCAAAUUCAAGAGGCUUUAUCCCAUACUUUUUUAAAACAAAUUUGUUUUCUCAAUUAUGCACAGCUGAUUGUAUAUUUGAAAAAAAAACAGUACUUACAGUCAAAAUAAAUAUUAUAUGCCAGAACAUUUUGAAUCAUAGUCAAAGCUUGUAAAAAAUGUAUGUUUUCAUUAAGGGAAAGGAAGUACAUGUAUAUAGCAACAGAUGAUAAUAGAGAGCAAUGCGUGGUUACUGUGUAUUACAUAAUAAAAUAUCAUGUUUAAGUUUGAUUAUUACAAUGUACAGAUCACUGAUGAAACUUAUCAUAUUAUUCUGUUUAAUUAUGACAAUUUGUAUUUUUAAUAAUUAGUAUAUAUAAAUAUAUUUAUAUAAAUUAAUUUUUGUUCUGACUUUAAAUGGGUUUAUUGACAUGUCAUUAAUUCGAUUUAAAUCAUUCAUUGUCUUCCAAGAGGUGAAAACACAUUGUGUACAGUUCCUGUUAUAAUAAUGGUGUACUGGUACAGUUAUUUUGUUUGUGAUUUUGUAUGAGGACUAAAAGGUUUGACAACAGAUCAAAUUAUUGGAUAUAAUCACAUUGAAUGGAUUGUGUUCGGGUGUGAAAUACUUGUUGAGAGAAAGCAGGUUGAAUGUUGCAGCAGCAAUGUUGAUUUUGGUGUUACGAAUGCAAACUAUGGCAACAAGUCAUUAGAAAUUUCAUAGUUUUCAGGUCAAAUCUAUACACAAUUAAUAUUGUUGUUCUGAAACAUACACAGCGAGAUACAUGUUUACCUAGUUUGUUGACCUCAUCACAAUAAGUUCUGCUAUUAAGAAAACAACUACCAGGUACUGCAAUGCUACUAUAGAAACACUGGAUAUAAAUGGAAGCUAUAGUGACCAUAAGUAUUACUGAGUGUAAAUUGGUGCAUAAUCGUGAUAAAACAUUUUAUAGCAGAACACAUGAAUAAAUAUUUGAUGAAGUAAGGAAAUAUCAUUAUCGCAGGAUUCUUUUGCUAAAUUGGCUAUUUGUAUUGGAUCUGUGGCCUAACCACCUAGCUUAACAUUUCCAAUUUAGAUUCAUUACUGUAGCUUUAAUGUCCUAGUACUGUCAGUGUUAUGUCCCUCUAUACUGUAGAUUCAGUACAUGUAAUUGUGAUGUCCCAAUACUGUUGGUGUUACGUCCCUCUAU